CGUGGAUAGAAGCUGAAAGGAGCGCGUGAGAGCCAAUUGUUUUCUGCGGGUUUACGAAGGACAGAUUCGUCCUGAAUGGAAGACACUAAGGACAAUGCGGAGACCGCAGCCAUAGUGGACCCAGACACAUGGUUGCAUGAUGAGGAGACAGCAGCAGAAACUAGGAGUCUUAAUGGACAAGAGAGAGGCCAGAUGCUGAUCCAGGCUGCUGAGGAGGGAGUAGUGGAAGAGAUCCAGACGCAUCUGGAGGCAGGCGCGGACGUGAGAGCAAGGGACAGCGACAGGAAGACAGCUCUGCACUGGGCAGGUGCCAGGGGUCACGUGGAGGCAGUGAGGUGUCUACUGAAGGCAGGAGCUGAUGUGGACGCCAGGGACAGCGAACUGAACACCCCCUUGCACUACGCCGCAUUAAGUGGCAAUGUGCCUAUGGUUCGGCUGCUGACGGCGUCGUCCGCCGACCCCAAUGCUAGGGAUGUCAGCGGGAUGACGCCACUGCACGUCGCUGCAGAUGAAGGCAACACAGAGGUGGCAGCAGUACUGCUGGCCGCGGGGGCCGACAGAGGCGCCAGGGAUGAGGAUGGGGACACCCCGCUGGACCUUGCCCUGCAGAACAGGCAGCAGCUUAUAGAGAAGUUAAGCUAG